AUGGUUAUUUAUCUCAAGGAGGAGAUUAUCAUUAAAAAUUACAAGACAAUUGAUGGUAGAGGUGCCAAUGUUCAUAUAGAAAAUGGACCUUUCAUUACAAUACAAUAUUUGACCAAUAUCAUCAUACAUGGCAUCCAUAUCCAUGACUGUAAGCCUGCAGGAAAUACAAAUGUGAGGAGCUCCCUGACUCAUUAUGGGUACAAAACCAGCAGUGACGAAGAUGGAAUUUCUAUCUUUGGAGGAAGUGCAAUUUGGGUAGAUCACUGUUUGCUGUCAAGUUGCGCAGAUGGACUGAUCGAUGCCAUAAUGGGUCCCACUGCUAUAACCAUUUCAAACAAAUUUUUCACUCACCAUAACAAGGUGCUUUAA